UGUUCCAUUUUUUUUUUCCCCCAAACAACCGAGGAGGAAAAACCGAGCGAGAAAAUGUCAGUGAAGCCGAAACAGUUUUCUCUCUUCUCCACACUCAUCACUUUCUGUCUCCUGUCUCUUUCUCGCUCUAACUCUAGCAUUAUGAACCCAGACUUCACCACUUUGCUAGAUUUCAAAUCCUCUUCAGACCCAUCAAAUUCUCUCUCCUCCUGGUCCACCGCCUCCUCUGAGGACCCAUGUUCAUGGCUGGGUAUCACUUGCGACCCCUCGACUCACCGAGUCACCAAACUCGUCCUCAACGAUCUCAACCUCACUGGGUCAAUCCAACCCCUCACUCUCCUCACCCACCUCCGCCUCCUCAGCCUCCACCACAACCGCCUCUCCUCCGCCCCCCAAAACCUCUCCUCUUGGCCCCAACUCAAGCACCUUUACCUCUCCCACAACCUCCUCGCCGGAAAAUUCCCAUACGGAAUCUCCCACCUCCGCCGCCUCCGCCGCCUCGACCUCUCCCACAACCAAUUCUCCGGCGUAAUCCCGAUCACCGAGUUGACUCAGCUUCCCCACCUACUCACCCUCAAACUCGAAUUCAACUCCUUCACCGGAACCCUCAACUCCAGCGACCUAUCUUCGAUCUCAAUUACAGACCUCAACGUCUCCGGUAACCGCCUCUCCGGCAAAAUCCCAAUUUCGCUCUCCAAUUUUCCGGCGACUUCGUUCGCCGGCAACAAGAACCUCUGCGGCAAACCACUACCGUCCGAUUGCCCGAAACCCACAAUCAGGUUUAAUCAGACGGCCAGGAGUGAUUCUGUGGAAACUGGGGCUUCAGGGGAGAGAAAAAAGGGUUUAAGCAAUCGGGUGGUGCUGAUGAUUAUCAGUGUCGAUGUAGUUGCAGUAAUGGCUACGCUCGUGACAGUCACGUGCUGCUGUUAUAAGAGGGGUUAUAGAAAAAGAGAAGUAAAAAAGAGUGAUGAGGGUGUAGUGAGAAGAGGUGGUGGUGUAGUGAGAGAGAGUGAAGAGAUGAUGAUGGUGUGUUUUGAGGGGUGUAAGGGUUUUGGUAAGGUGGAUGAGUUAUUGAAAGCAUCAGCUGAGAUGUUGGGAAAAGGGAGUGUGGGGACCACUUACAAGGUUGUGAUGGACGGUGGUGAUGUGGUGGUGGUGAAGAGGGUGAGAAGGAGAGAGAGGAGGAAGAGGAAGGAGGUUGAUGGGUUUUUGAAGGAGAUUGGUGGUUUGAGACACCACCCUAACGUUGUGAGCCUUAGAGCAUACUAUUAUUCCAAGGAGGAGUUGCUUUUGGUCUAUGAUUUUCUACCUAAUGGAAGCCUACACUCUCUAUUGCAUGGAAAUCGAGGACCCGGAAGGACACCAUUAGAGUGGACUACGAGGUUGAAACUGGCCUCUGGUUCAGCCCAAGGCCUUGCUUAUCUCCAUUCACACAACCACAACAACAAUAACAAGAGGUCCAAGUUCUUCCAUGGACACCUCACCACAUCAAACAUCAUUGUCGACCAAUUUGGCAACGCUUGUAUCUCCGACAUAGGCCUACACCAGCUCUUCCCAACACCUAUCAUCGACAACAACUAUGGCAACAAAUUUUCUCAGAAAUGCGAUGUUUAUAGCUUUGGAGUAGUGUUGUUGGAGAUUUUGACAGGAAAAAUAGCGACAUCAAUUAGUGGAGGAGGAGAUGUGGCGAAAUGGGUUCGAGGGACAAUGCGUGAGAAGGGGCUGUGGGAAGUGCUUGAUUUUGAGCUGUUGAGGUACAGAGAGAUGGAGGCAGAGAUGGUGGCGCUCUUGGAAGUGGCUCUGCUUUGCUUGGCUGAGUCAGAGAGGGAUCGACCGAAGAUGGGUGUGGUGGAGAAGAUGAUUGAAGAUAUCAUGAAAAAAGGUGGUGGUGGUGGUGGUGGUGGUGGUGGUUGUGGUGUGUACUCAGAUUCUUCUCCUUCUUCUCUGUCAGAAAGUACUCCCAACUUCACUAGUAGUUGAUACCAGCCAGUGAGAGUUCACAUUAAUACAUAUGUAGUAGUUAGAUAUAUAACUUAGAGUUGAUUUUGUCGGACAUAUUGUUGUCGAUGAGCAUAUUUGAUGUUUCUUGACUAUGAAUUGUGUGUGAAAUAAUUUUUUUUUUUUUUUU